AAAUCCCCUCCGAAUCGAAAUUAAAUUAAACGCUUCUGCCGAAUUGAAAGGAAGAAGGUUUUAAGACACAAGAAAAAGUUAUACUAACAUCUCUGAUCCUAAUUGAAUUAUGAACGGAAACUGAGUUUAGCUGGAAAUGGAAUAUCUCGAUGUGGAAAUCGUCUAGAUAACAAGAUAUUAGAAUUGAUUUCACAUUUUUCCAUAGUUCCAGACCAAAACGGAGGAUAUAAUCCCAUAACACCUUCACGGUUUUAGUGUUGAGAGAACGCCGCCGGUUACACCAAAGACCCAAUUUUUAAGAUAAGUAUUUAAAUACAUUGAUAGUGUUUCAAUCGAAGCCUCGGUUUCUUCAAGACAGAUCCUUGGCUGCCCUUUCAUAACCUAUAUCUGACCUCUACAUCUUUCUCAGAACCUUUACAGACAUCAUAUUUUUGCUCCAAACUGGAAUUUAUAAAUUAGACAUUUUUUUGCCUUCAUGAAUUCUUAACAUUUUGCAAUAAAUCAUUUUCAAAGCUCAUUAGUCACAAAAAUCCACCUGUCAAGCGCUACUUUUGAAUGUACUAAGAAUUCUCUGAUAAACGUUACUGAUUCAUGAUCGGUAAGAAUUCUAGCCACCAACUACACCGUCGACCUUCUCUUUUAUUUUUCAACAGUCCUUGGCGGUCCAGUAAUUACCCGAGUCUUUCACAGCUAGAUGCUCCGUAAAACCUAGCGCUCCUACAAGACCUUGUGUGUAAGAUAACUACGAAUUCAUUUAAAAAUUAACUAUGUGUUGUGCCCUGAACUCUCACAUUUGAUCGGUCGGUCUCGAGUCUACUAAGAAACCAAUAUCCAAGCAGCUGAAAUUUGUAGCUGAUUUAAAGUUGAAAUUUGUAAUUCUCUUAUUUCACUUGUUGCCUAGCGACUUUAAGUGUUUGUCAACAAUCUUUUCAACAAAUCUUAAUGGAAGGCGAAUCAUUUUUCGCGAGCGCUCAAUUCUUCUCCCUAACCUUGUACACAAUUGGAUUCUUCUCCUUUCCAAUUCACCUAUUCGGUGCCUAUUGCAUUUUGUUCCAAACUCCCGAAUCUAUGAAAUCUGUAAAAUGGAGCAUGUUCAAUUUGCAUUUCUGGAGUUCCUGUCUAGAUAUGACAGUUAGUUUGUUGACUCAACCUUAUCUAUUGAAGUCCACUUGGUCCGGGAUUCCAUAUGGGAUUUUGAAGGAGUUCAAUGUCCCAUUAUCGUUUCAAUCGUACAUGGUUUCUACCCUGUUUUGUAUGGUCGCCGUCUCAAUCAUCACAAUUUUCGAAAACCGCUUCUUCCUUCUAUUCGCCGAGCACUCUUGGUGGCGGUUUGCUCGUCGGCCUUUCCUAGCCAUCAACUACAUUCUCGGGCUGCUCUACUACGUCCCAACUGUGCUCAGUGUCCCCGAACAAACCAGUGCCCGAGCUGCAACUUUCAAGGAAUUCCCCGAAUUUCGGCAGUUAGAUACCCCGGAAAACCCGAUCUAUGUACUGGUUUUGAACAAUCCAUGGGUUUCGGUGCGGCAAAUUGCUAUGGAAGCGACUGUUGUGAUAGAGACGGGAAUUAUAGUUUGUCUGUUGAAAUUUAAAAUGAAAAACGUUGUGAAAGAAAUGAAAAUGUCCGAGAGCACAGCGAAACUACAAAAGGCUUUUUUGAAGGCUCUGUAUAUUCAGGUCUCCCUACCACUUCUUGUAAUUCUCCUACCAUCUGCUGUAUCAGUAUUUUCUGGAAUCUUAGGCAUCUCAACUCAAAGUGUCAAUAACCUAGUGUAUAUUACAUUCUCCUGCCAUGGAUUGACCUCAACCAUCGUGAUGCUGAUCAUUCAAAAUCCGUAUCGAGAGUUUUGUUUAGUAAUGGUCGGAAAGUCGCACCGGCGACAGAAAAUUUCUGCCACAUCGACAAUUAGCGGGAGAAGUGUAGUGACUACUUUUUGACACUUCCAGUGUGUGUAUGUAUGUAGAUCAGUGUUCCAAUAAAUACAAAUUGUUAGU